AUGCCAGGCACCACCGUCUAUGAAGCUCUGACAAGACAGCUGAGAGCCCUGGGUUUACACUCCUUCCCCUGUGCUCCUGGGAGCUGGAACAAGUCCAGUCUUCUGAAUAGAAAAUCUCCCUGUUCAGACUGGGAAAGCAGUGAUCCAGAAGAGGAGAGUCAGGACAAUCUGAAAGACCUUCUGAUUCAGCAUGGUUCACCUUGGGAGCUGGAUGACGGAUGCAGUCCAGAGGCUGAGCGCAUUAGGGAGCUGGCAGUCACAUGUCCUGACGUUAUUACUGAACAGUUCAUCCAUUCAUACUUCAGAUGUAUAAGAGUGGUAGACCAGGAGGUAACAGAAGUGGAUGAUGAGCUGCUGAAAUUUCACAAUCUUGAAGAACUUGUCUUAAGUGCUAAUAAAUUAACAACAGUCUCUUCCUGCAAUCUUCCACGGACACUGAAGGUGUUGGAGUUGUGUUCAAAUCACAUUUCAAGCUUACAAGAUCUUACUUUAAAUUCUCCUCCGGUGUUGCAGCAUCUGGGCCUUGCCCAUAACAAGAUUCAGCUUUCUUCAGAAAGUACAUACCUGACAGCAGACUUCUGGCCAACUUUAGUUUCCCUGGACCUCAGUUUCAAUGACCUCACAGACCUUUUUGACCUAAUCUCCAGACUUUGUACCUUGCAUAAACUGCGUAUCCUGGUAUUGCAGGGUAAUCCUCUGACCUUUAUUCCUGCCUAUCGAGGCUACACUAUAGACAGUUUAAAAAAGCUCUGUGUACUGGAUGAUAUUUCAAUACUGCCAGAUGAAAAACACAAGUAUGCUGGACUGUUUGAGCAAAAAGAGUCUCUGACUAAUAAAGCAACAUUGUUUGUGCACAUUGGAAAAGUUCACGGAAUUCCAAAUCCAAGCAAUGUCACAGAACCACAAAAUGCAGGCGAAUAUCCCGUUACUACAAUUAAUUACCGUGUUCGCUAUGAGUUUAUUGAGGACCAGGACAGAGGAGAGCUGCCUAUUUGUCAAGAUCAAAGGCGCAACAUCAAUACCUUUGUCAAGAAGGUUUAUCUUGCCUACUUUAAAGUACGACUUGGAGACCAAGACAAAAAUUGGGGUCCUCACAAAGUGUGUAAAACCUGUGUUGAAACUUUGCGAUCAUGGUCUAAAGGAAAGAAUGCUAAGCUGAAGUUUGGUGUGCCAAUGGUUUGGAGAGAACCUACAAACCAUUUGGAUAACUGCUACUUCUGCCUUGUCAAUGUAAAAGGUUUCAAUAAGAAAAAUAAACAACACUUACAAAGCCCAGAUAUCCCAUCUGCCAGACGACCAGUUGAGCACUUUGAGGAAAUACCUGGGCCUGUAUUUACUGAGCUACCACAGAUUGAUGUUGAAUCCCUCAGUUUACCUGCUUCUACAGAUGAUGAUGAUGAUGCUCAGAUCGAAUAUACACCAUCUGAUGCAGAUUCUCUGUUUAGUCAGACUGAAUUGAAUGAUCUUCAUGAAAGGUACAAAAAUAGACAGCUGACAACCCCAGAGGAAAAUGUACCACCACUGAACGCAUUGACUUCUCACUUUCACACUGAUGAUGAUGAUGAUGCUCAGAUCGAAUAUACGCCAUCUGAUGCAGAUUGUGAUAACAUUUCUCUGUUUAGUCAGCCUGAAUUGAAUGAUCUUCAUGAAAGGUACAAAAAUAGACAGCUGACAACCCCAGAGGAAAAUGUACCACCACUGAACGCAUUGACUUCUCACUUUCACACUGGGUUAUAUGAAUCUGGUGGAUUACCUUGGAGUGAAACCAUAGAGUAUAAUUAUGAAAAGGAACAUACAAUUACAGAUUUACUGCCCUUAAAAUUGUUUCUUCUCUCUGAUAUGACAGUUACUGUUACAGAGGAGAAGAUCUUGUCCUGGCCACAGGAUGCCAACCAGGGUGCAGCAAUAUCUAAGCAUGACAAAAAAGGAGGUGGGAAAGACAAGGGCAAAGACAAAGCCAGAAGUAGCUCUGGGGGAAGUAAAGCUGGUUCAAAGAGUAAGAAGAAAAAAGAAAAUCUAGAUGAUCUCCGCCAUGAUCCACCAGUGGUACGGACUCUUGGAUCUGUCGCUAUACCCUUAGAAAGUCUUGUUUCUGGAGAAGGUCAAACAUUCCAUGUGUGUAACUUUGGGACUUUGGCUACUGAUAUGGGGCAAGAUGGCAAUGAUAAGGCACAUCAUGAUGGUAAAAAAAACAAAGAACAAAAGAUAAAAAGCGGAAGGAAAAGCGUAGAAGCUCAUAAAACAUCUCGCUCAUCGGCCAAAGAGAAAAACAAAGAUUGCAAUAUAAAGCCAACAGAAGAUGAGCCCCAAUCUGCACCAAUACCUCUGACAGCAGAGAUUACCGUCGGUUUCCUGCACUAAAG